AUGGGUCUCGAGAAAUUUAACCCUUUCAAAAAGGAUCGCCAGAACUUCCCGGGUGUUGUUAUCCCGUUGGCUGGUGCCCCUGCGCCGGCGCAUAGCCCUAACAUCACCGAGAAGGACGACAAGGAGACCAAGAGCUUGGACCUUGCGUCUUCUUCGGAGAAUGGCGCUGUCGGCUCUCAAAUUGGAUCUACUCUGACUUUGGAAGCCCUUCGCGCAGAAAUUGAAUCUGAUGUUGCUACUGCGACUCAUGACUCGGCCUAUGAUCGCAAGGCGAAGGUGAUCAACAGGGCUUUGCAGGAUAUUGGCAUGGGCCGGUAUCAGUGGCAGCUGUUCUUUCUUUGUGGUUUCGGUUGGACUGCGGAUAACCUCUGGCUUCAGGGAGUUGCCCUAACUUUGACACCCAUUUCUUACGAAUUCGGACUCUCCAGUACAUGGGUGCGUUUCACGACCUGUGCCCUGUUCUUGGGUCUCUGCAUUGGUGCCUCAUUCUGGGGCAUUGCUUCUGAUAUUGUUGGCCGUCGUCUUGCUUUCAACACUACCCUCUUCCUUGCUGGUGCCUUCGGUCUAGCUGCGGGUGGUGGCCCUACCUGGAUUGGAACAUGUGCUCUUUUUGCUUGUCUCGGUCUUGGUGUGGGUGGUAACCUGCCCGUCGACGGUGCUCUUUUCCUGGAGUUCUUGCCCUUCGUCUCUGGUAACAUGUUGACCAUGUUGAGUGUCUGGUGGCCCGUUGGCCAGCUGAUUGGCAGCCUGCUUGCCUGGGCCUACAUUCCCAAUUAUAGCUGCGCGGGCUAUGAGGGCUGCACCAAGGAGAAGAACAUGGGCUGGCGCUACUUGGUGCUCACCCUAGGCGCCAUCACCUUCGUCAUGUUCAUCCUACGAUUCUUCUUCUUCCACCUGUAUGAGUCUCCCAAGUACCUGCUAUCUCGUGGCCGCCAGGAAGAAGCCGUCGCCUCCGUCCAUGGCAUCGCCUACAAAAACGGCACCCAGACCUGGUUGACCAACGAGAUCCUCAACGAGAUCGGUGGCUACCCCGAGGGCCAGGAAGAUAAGACCAAGUUAAGCUACGGUCAAAUCAUCGGCCGCUUCUUCUCCAAGUUCUCCAUGGAGCGCAUCGGCCCUCUCUUCGCUAACAAGCGCAUGGGCUUCAACACCGCCCUCCUCUGGUUCUGUUGGGCCACCAUUGGCAUGGGAUACCCUCUCUUCAACGCCUUCCUGCCCCAGUAUCUCGCCACAUCCGGCGGCGAAGCCAACUCCAACUACAUUACCUACCGCAAUUACGCUAUCACCUCUAUUGUCGGUCUCCCCGGCUCCAUCCUGGCCUGCUGGACUGUCGAGAUCAAGUACAUCGGUCGUAAGGGUACAAUGGCAAUCGCUACCCUCAUCACCGGCGUCUUACUGUUCUGCUUCACUGCCUCUACCAACUCCGGCAUCCAGCUGCUGUGCAGUUGUCUCGAGGCCUUCUUCCAGAACAUCAUGUACGGUGUCCUGUACGCCUAUACCCCGGAGACCUUCCCGGCUCCUAACCGUGGCACCGGCACUGGUAUCUCCAGCUGCUUGAACCGUAUCGCUGGUCUCUGUGCUCCGCUUGUCGCUAUCUAUGCUGGCAGUGCAAACCCUAACUCGCCUAUUUAUGCCUCUGGUGCUUUGAUUCUGGCCUCGUUCGUUGCUAUGUGUCUCCUCCCCAUUGAGACUCGGGAAUAG